AUGGAUAAUUUUAUGGUAAGAAUUAAAGCAAAUAAUGAAGAGGUAAACGAUUUUAUAAAACAUUUAUUUACAGAAACGUUUUGUAAUAAAGACUUUGCAGAUAACAUAAAAUUGGAUGCUCAAAAAACGAAUGAGAAACAAGAGAGCGAAAAAAAGAAUAGGUACAUAAUAACUGAAAAGUAUGUGGAUAAUUAUAUGAUUCCAUAUUUAAUUAGAAAUAAUGAAUCAAGAGAAGAGAAAAGAAAUGAAAAUAUGAAUUCAUAUGAUGAGGAUAAUAAUAAUUAUUAUUACAAUGAUAGUUAUAAUUAUGAUAUAUUUAAAUAUAUUUCUUGUGAUAUAAAUAUAAGGGACAAAAAUAGUGUAAGUAGUGAAUAUAGGAAUAACAUAGAAGAUGAUACAUAUAAGAACAGAAUACAAUUUAAAUUAUAUGCAUCAGAAAUAUAUUUUAAGAAUAUGAUAAAGGAGAAAUAUAAAAUUAAAUAUAACAAAUAUAAUAAGAAAUAUAUAGAAUAUAAUAUAAAAGAUAAAAGUGUUUUACUUAUAUAUGGUGAUUGGUAUAUGUGUGAUUCCUUUAUGAAAAAUGAAAAGUCAAAUAUUACUAUAAAAGAAUUAUAUGAUUAUAUUGAAGAGAAUAUAGAAAAUAUUAAUGAGAUAUUUAAUUGUUUGAAAGGUAGUUUUAUUUUAUUUUACAUACAUUAUGAUAUAACAAAUAUAAAUGUUUAUUUUUUUAAUGAUAAAUUUGGGAUGAAAUCUUUUAUAUAUUUUUAUGAAGAGAAAUCAAUAAUCCUUACAAAUAUGUAUGGCCCUUUUCUUAAUUAUAAUUAUAAUUAUAGGGAACUUAAUAAAAAUGAAUUCAUAUUUAAUGAUAUGUCUGUAAAACAUGAAAUUAAUCUCAUACCAACUUAUGAUACAUUUGUACAACAUGAUAAUAUAAAAAAUAAUUUUUUAGUAGAUAAAAAAAAAAAUUGUGAUUAUAACAUCAUUAAUAAUAAAUUUAAUAAUAUUGAUAAUAAAGAAAAACAUGAUGAUCAAUGUUCAAAGAAAACCAUAAAUGAAGAAAUUGCUAUAAAUAUUAUGCCACAUUAUAUAUACAAAUUAAUACUUUUAAAGGACAACCAAAAAGACAAAGACAAAGACAAAAACAAAGACAAAAACAAAGACACAAACACAAAAACAAACGCAAACACAAAAACAAAAACAAACAAUAAUAACCAUAGGCAGGAAGAUAAUAUUUUUAAUAUUCAUAAUCAUAUCAUGCUAAAAAAAAUUAACAAACAAUAUUGUAUUUAUGAUAAUUCAUAUUAUCAAUGGAAACAUCCUGUUGUAAACAAAUUCAAUAUUUUAAACUUUCAAGAUAUAUUACAUUAUUUUGAAAAAACAAAUAUUUUUAAAAAUUUCAAGAAACAACAAAAAAUACAAUUUUUACAUACUAUAAACAAAAUAAUUCAAGAAAAAAAUAUAACCGUUUGUCAAAAUAAUUAUUUAUAUAAUACUAAUAAAAAUAAUAUUCCAUAUACAAAACUAAAUAAUGUUUUUAUUAACUUAUUCAUCAUACUAUUAAAUCAUAUUAUACGUCAAAAAAUUAAACGUUUUUUUCACCUGACUUGUUCAGGCAAAAAGGAAGAAAAAAAAAAAAACGAUGAUGAAAAAAAAAACGAUGAUGAAAAAAAAAACGAUGAUGAAAAAAAAAACAUGGAUGGUAAAAAAAAACACAUAGAUGAUGAAAAUAAAAAUGAUAAUAUGAAUAUCCCGUAUUAUGUAUAUAAAGAAAAAAAAGAAAAAUGUAUAGGUAUAUUUUUUUCUGGAGGUAUUGAUUCAACCCUUUUAACCAUAUUAACUAUAAAAAAUUUCUUUCAUUUUUAUCAAGAUGGCUACAUUGAACUUGUUAAUGUAGUAUUUAAUAUAAAUGCCAUAGAUAGAUACACUUGUUUUGUGUCUUAUGAGAAAAUAAUUAGAAUGUUUCCUAAUUAUGAUAUCAGAUUAAUUCUUGUUGAUGUAUAUCCUGAUGAUUUAAUAAAGUAUGAGAAAAUUAUAUAUUCUAUUAUAUCUCCUAAUAAUAAAAUUAUGGAUUUUAAUAUUUCUUCCGCCUUAUUCUUUGCUAACCUUGGGAGGGGUUUUUUAUGUCCCCGUACGUUUUUUGAAUCACAAGAAUGGAGAAAUAUAAAAGAAGAAAACAUUAUGAAUGUGUUAAAUGUAAGUAAUAUAUGUACGAGUAACCAACAUACUAGUGAUAAUAAUUUAUGGGAAGAAAAUUCUUUGGAGAAGAAAAUUUGUGUCAAAGGAAAAAGAAAGAAAGAGAUUACAUCAUCUUCAAAUAUAAAUAUAUUAUACAAAUGUAGGAUAUGUAAAUAUGUGAUGAAUAAAAAAUGUGUUCAUAAAUGUUGUUCAGUUUGUUGUAAGAAACUUCGCUAUAUAUGUAUUAAUGAAAAUGUGUAUAAUAUUAACAAGGAAAUAAAUUCAAAGGGAUGUGAUAAUGCUGAUAAUGAUGAUGAUAAUAAUGAUGAUAAUAAUGAUGGUGAUAAUAAUAAUGAUGAUGAUAAUAAUAAUGAUGAUAAUAAUAUUGAUGAUAAUGAUGGUGAUAAUAAUAAUGAUGAGAAGGAUUUCAUUGGAAUGUAUGAAAUUCAAUAUAAUAAAGAAAAUAAAAAUAAAAAUAAAAAGAAUAUAUAUUUAAUUGUAAAAAAAGAAAGAAUACUCAUCAACUUUGAAUUAUUUAGACAAUGCAUUAUACAUAAAGAUAAAUUAUACGAUUAUAAAAAAAUAGGAUAUCUCUUUGCAGAAUUUAAGAAAGAAUUAAAAAAAGACAAAAUGAACAAAAAACAAGAAUAUAAAGAAAAUAAAUACCAUGGAGAAAUUAUAAAAAAUGAUAAACAUCCUUUGUGUGAUGAAGAGUAUAAAAAAAAUAAAUACCAUGAAGAAAUUAUAAAAAAUGAUAAACAUCCUUUGUGUGAUGAAGAGUAUAAAAAAAAUAAUUACCAUGGAGAAAUUAUAAAAAAUGAUAAACAUCCUUUGUGUGAUGAAGAGUAUAAAAAAAAUAAAUACCAUGAAGAAAUUAUAAAAAAUAAUAAACUUCCUUUAUGUGAUGAAGAGUAUAAAAAAAAUAAAUACCAUGAAGAAAUUAUAAAAAAUAAUAAACUUCCUUUAUGUGAUGAAGAGUAUAAAAAAAAUAAAUACCAUGAAGAAAUUAUAAAAAAUAAUAAACUUCCUUUAUGUGAUGAAGAGUAUAAAAAAAAUAAAUACCAUGAAGAAAUUAUAAAAAAUAAUAAACUUCCUUUAUGUGAUGAAGAGUAUAAAAAAAAUAAAUACCAUGAAGAAAUUAUAAAAAAUAAUAAACAUCCUUUAUGUGAUGAAGAGUAUAUACAAAGAGAUUUUAUUCAUCAAUUUGCAUCUGAAAAAAGUGAGAUAAACGAAAAACACAAUCUUGAAAAAAUAAAAAACUUAUUUUCGUCGAAAGGAAAAAAUAAAAAAGAAGGUAAAAAAAACAAUAAAAAUAAAAUGUUUAUAAAUAAUGAUAAUAUAAAUGAUGAUUCUAAUGAAGACGGUGAUGAAAGACAAAAAAAAGAAAAAACAAAAUCUACUUAUAAUGAUACCCAUUUGAAUUAUUUUAAUAAAAAUAUAUAUUAUCCAAAUAAUAAUUACGAUAAUGAAAAAGAAAAAUCAUUUUAUAUGUGUAACCAUCAGUUGUUAAUUAUAGGUAGUGGAGCAGAUGAAUUAUUUGGAGGAUAUUAUAGACAAAACAAUUUUAAUAAAAAAUUAGCAAAAAUAAAUAAAAAUUAUAAAAUGUGUGAGAUGAUUAAAGAUAUUAGAAGAAUAUGGAUACGAAAUUUAUAUCGUGAUGAUCGUGUUAUUACUUUCUCAAGUUUUAAAAAAAAAUAUAUUUUCUAUCCAUAUCUAGAUAUGCUUAUGAUUAAUUUUUUAUUUUCUUUACCUUUUUGUAUUAUUGAAACACCCAUGGGAUAUAUUAACACAAAUGAAGGUAACAUAAACAAAUGUCACAAAAAUGAAAACUUAAAUAAUGAUGAUGAAGAAAUGGAAGAACCAUAUAACACAUUCAAUACAGAAUAUAUGAAUGAGCAUACUUUAAUAUAUGAAGAACAAUUCAAUUAUCUUAAUACACAUAUAUUAAAUGAAUGUAAUUAUAUAUAUGAACGUAUGAAAACUGAAAAAAUUAAUAAGUGGAUUCUUAGGAUGUCUAUGUAUUUUUUAAAUUUUAAAGAUGUUAUGUUUUUUAAAAAAAAAGCUAUACAAUUCGGUUCAAAAUCAAAAAAUGUAAAAAGAUAUAUGAAGGAAUCUUUAGGUAUCUAUCCUAAAGACUCUGAACAAAAUUCAAGCGCACUUUUUAAUGAGAAAAGUGGGAGAGACGAGUACAUAUUAUUAUCAUAA